GCCGUGCAGUGAGUGAGAGCGACAGAGACCAACAGGGGGAGAGUCAGAGAGAGAGAGAGAGAGAGAGAGAGAAAAGAGAGCGAGUGAGAGGGAGGGAGACUGGAACUCUAUUCCACACAGACAAACCCACAGAGGCUCGCAAAAAGCCGUCUUGCCUGCAACACACUCACUCUCUUCCUAACACCGCUUGCAGUGGAUUCUCCAUCUUACUACAUACGUCUGCAGGUCAUUUAGUAGAGAAGCCAGCCCUACCCGCCUCAGGGGUCAGAAGAAUAGAGAACAACAUGUGACAAUCACUGCUUCACAGUCGACAGCAUGCUUCGAUUCCUUUGGACCAUGGCUCUCUUCUUCUGGUAUUAUUUGCUACUUCACAGCCGAGCUCUGGCCGACGAAGAGGCCACUGGGGAACUGACACCAUCAAGCAAAAAUUCUCCUGAAGAGAAAUCUAGCAUUUACUCGUGGCUUCCAUCCAUGCCCAAGUUUUCCUCCAUACCAACAUUUGGCAUUUUUGGGAGCUCAGGUGGCAAAAAUGAAGAUGCUGUCUCAACUACAACUACCAAAGGGGUAACAGAACUAAUCGGUCUCUUUCAAGACCACACGGGAUCAGGAGAAGGGAGCAAUUCUGAGGAAUCUCAACAAACCACAACAUUGACUCAAGGGCACUUUAUGAGUGUGACAAAGAUAAGAACUGAGCCACCUCCCACUGGGACAUCAGAUUUGCCAUACAGCAGCAUUGCUCAGAGCAACACUGAGACUUUUGUUUCUCCCACAAGCAGCCAUAUCAGAAAUACUCAGUUCACAAACAGUCCUCACAGAAGUAACACUCCUGAACAAAACACAACACAUAUGCUAACACCAUGGAGAUCCACAUCAGCAGAGACUUCUAGCACAGGUGCCACUGAAAAUCCUCUCCCCAAUAGUGUUUACCGGGAGACCAUCUUUCAUACAGAAAGGAUUUCUUCAACAAUCCCACCAGAAACUACAGUUCCCACUGCCCUGACAUGGAAAACAGUCCAAACCACAACACCCAACCCGGGACUGGUGGAGACUAUUCAAACCAGCACACACCUUCUGGGGCAUGAUACUCUUCCAGCCAUUUCAGAAAGUAAUUUUGUUGGGGAACAAGAAGAUUUAUCUGUUAGUGUUGCGCUUCACUCAGUUAAAGAAACAUCAGAAAUUCACUCGACACAAAGUAACUGGAACUUGGGCUUGUCUGAGAUUAGUCUGGUGAACACUGAGCAGCAGCCAGGGGUUACUUCGACUUAUCUAAAGACAGGUCCUACCAUGGUAGAAGGCACAACCUCAGACAUUAACCCCACACAGAACCCUUUAGACUUUAGUUUCUCUGAGACCAGUACGGUGAACUUCCAACAACAUUCAGAAGUAUUUUCUGCUGCCCUCAAGACGGAUCAUAACUUAGAAGUGGUCAGGACAACAUCAGAACUAUACCACAUACAAAACUACUUAGACUUGGGCUUCUCUGAGACCACUAUGAUGAUUGAUAAACAAGAGCCAGGAGUUUUCUCUUCUACCCUCAGGAAGGAUUCAAAUUUAGUGGUGGCGACCACGAAAGCAGAAAUCCAGACUACACAAAGCCAUUUGAACUUGGGCUUCUCUAAGACGAGUAUGGUGAAUGCUGCACAACAGCCUCAAGUAUUCUCUACCACCCUCUGGAUCGAUCGUAAUUUAGCUGUGGAAUCCAUACUAAGCACGACUCAAAGCCAAAGGGCCAACUUUCCAAUUGUAGAAGAGCUACCAGGCAAAGAGACUAAGGAAGAGGAGGAAGCUGUGGUUACUUCAACUACAGACGGGGAUGCUGACACACCUUUGACAGACACUUCCACAUCAUCUGCUCAGCUACAGAAAACAUCCACGGAACACAACACAGGUAUUCCCUCUGAAUCUCCAUCAUUACUUCUGUACACUGAAGACUGGACAUCUAACCUACCAAACAGUGACAGCACCUUACUUCCAGACUGCAAUAAGGAACGCUCUGGAAUCUGCAACCUCUCCUACACCUGGGAUGCCACUACUUCCCUGAGAAUGAAACCCACACAAAAUAUCACUGCCACAAACCAGUCAACCAACGCCUUCCUAAUCCCAGCUACACCCAUGUUGGUGCCCUUAUACACUGACUGGAACAGUGCCAUAGCGGCCUGGGGCCUGGCAUGGGAGGCCCAUGUCUAUGGUGCAGGGGGAGUCUUUGCAGUGCUAACACUCACCUCUGCACUCAAUCUGCUUUGCUUGCCACUGAGAUGUCCAUCUGGGUGUGGCUAUUUUGCUCUAGUCAGCCUGUUCCUUCUAGCUGCUGCAUGCACCAGGUCCUUCUCCCUUCUUUAUGAUGCCUAUGGCCACCAGGAUCGCAUAUCCUCCACAGAGGCAUCGCUCAUGCUCUUUGAAGCACCUUUUCCCUGUCUUACUGCAGCUUUCGGUUUGGUUUUUCUUCUCCUCUCAAUGCGCUCAAGAAUGCAGCUCUCAUAUUCAGCCUUUCAGAGACCCUGUUUCCUGGUCUGUCUAGUUGUCUUGCACUUUGCUGCUGCAUUUGGUCCAGUGACUUUCUUGAAGUUCUAUCGGCAAACGCCCCCUUUGUGCCUCUUUCUGUCGCUGAUCUCUCGUGGAGCCUUUGUGGCACUCGCAACAUUUCUAUCUGCUGCCUAUUUUGUUUUCUAUAUCUAUGUUCGGGCAGACUCAAAACACAUCUAUCAUCUGAACAACACAUCUCCAACACCAGCUGAACGCUACAACCGCUGCCCAUUUGCUGAGAGUCGGGAUUGGAACCGUGCAGCUAUAACCGUUUGUCUUUCAGCGUUGUUUUCUUUAGCUUGUGCAGGACUGCAGUUUUAUGCAAUGCUUAAUGCUAUGGGUGUUAUUGGUGGGCAGGAGGUCUUCUACCCUUGGCCCUGGUGGGCCUUCCAGUUUAGCUGUAGACUGUGUGAACUUUUGGUCUGUUUCACCUUAGCUUUAGUGGUUGCUCAACCAGUUUUUUGUUCCGACCAGCUUCCAGCAGCUGGAAGUUGUUGGACUGAACUCCUAGCAUCCAAGUCCCCCAUCCUGCCUGGGACCUACCAGUGGACACUCAGCCAGCAGGAGAAGCUUGCUAUUGUUGACACUGUUGGACUUGGAGAGACAGAAAGCCUUCCACUUUACACUCUGAUGGAUGAGAGGCUUGGAAGCAGCCUGAAUGGCUUGGACCUCCUCUACCACAGCAACCGGGCCUUAGUAUAUCGAGAUCUUGACUUGGAUUUAGGUUUAUUGUGUUCAGAAAAACCUGAGGACGGGGGAGGCAGAGAGCCCUCAGGUGGAUCUUCACUUUCAAGCGACUCCACUGCAGACCUGCGACCCCCUUCACCUAUCAACUUGCGCCGUAGCAUAGACGAAGCACUCUUCAGUGAAGCAUUGUUUCCCAUGAGCCUCUUCAGUCCUGUUAGACCUAUUCGCUGCAGUGACACAUCUGUAAACAACCACUGGACGCUUCCAAGCAAUGGCCCCUGUGAUCCUCUCUCCACCGACUCCAGUCUUUAUCGACCCUCAUCCUGCCUUGAAAUGGCCACUCAGCUACAGUUUUCUGCCAGCCAGUCUCAAGGCGUAGCCACAGAAGGGGCUCCAACAUCUCCCUCCACAGGCUCAUCCUCCAGCAAUUCAUCAGCUGAACGUUGGAGAAGCAGUUCCUCGUCCUGCUCUCUGUACCGUGCCUCUCUUGAUGGCUCCUCUCUUGUUCUUUGCCCAAGUUCAGAGAGACAUACAAGGCAGCUUCCACAGGAAGGCUCAAAUGUGGCCUCCCAUAACCCACAAAGACACUACCAAGCUCUGGGAGCUGCCUCACAGGAAAGCCUGAACCUGUCAACUGAGACAGAUCGAUCUGUGCAGCAGGAAUUCAUUACAGUUUGCAGACAAAUGGAUUCUUUAAGCAUCUGCAGUGAGACUAUAGAUUUAUAAAAACAGACUCUUAUUAAGAGGGACCUGAAAUGAGUGUCUGCUUUGUGCAGCAAGAUGAUUGAAAUUUGAAAUGAUAUUUGAUAGUGCAUGUCAGCUUUAUGUACUUCUUAAACACGAUAGCUGCAAAAAUGUUUCAGGAGGUUUGAUAAGACUUCUUGAGGAUUUAGUGAAUGUUCCUGUGAGUCUAAGUGCCAAGACUGUCAAAAGCCAAGAGACUGUUUGUAAAUUUUACAUGUCUUAUAAAAGCAGGUGAUGGUAGUUAAAUUAAGAGUUACUUUUAUUAAGUGGUGAUAUAAUAAGGAGGUAUUUGUACAAAUGUUUUUAUGGCAUUCCAACAUUCCAAUAGGUUGUACUGUGACAAAUAUAAGCUCUUACCUGCUACUGUUGUAAUAACCUACAUAAGUUUAGUUAUUAUAACAAAUACUUAGCCUGGAUGUUUUUUUUCCAAAUGUAAACAUCUCAUAUCUACAUGUUUCUCUGAGGUAUGGUGCAGCAGUGCCCUCUGCUGGCAUGUGAAGAGUAUAUUUAGAAUCUGUUUCAAUACAGUGUUGUAAGAGUGUGUUAGCUCCUUACAGAUUUCAUCAGUAUUUGCUUUUUUUUGCCACACAUAAAUGUUUCAAAUAAUCAAACAAAUCUUGAUGUUAGGUAAAGAUAAAAUAGAAAUAUAAAAUUCACUUUU